UGGAACGAACCUGCCCGAGCCGCGUGGUUCCGUCAGAAACGGCCACUGGACGUGAAUGUGCAGCCGAGCGACCGCCGGCUCGAGGGGACGCCGAAGUCACCUCCGCCGCGUGGCUAGCCGGGCCUGGUGACCCUGGGGGCAUGCCCGGCCCACACCGGCCUCGGCUCCGCCCCAGCCUCCAGGCCCCGCCCACACAGGCCUCCAGGCCCCGCCCUCCCUCGACUGUUAUUGGCUGCCAACCCGGACGUCCUGUUCAGUGGCGCGUCUCAAGGAGAUGGGCGAGGAGUUAGUGGUGAGAUCUCGGGGCUCAUUAGUCCCUCCGCCCAUCAGUCACGCGGCGGUCCGCGGGCUCAGGAGGCGGGUUAGGCAGUCCCGGGAUAUGGCGGAAGGUGGAGGCUGGCAGCCGCCGCGCCCGUGCGAGGCCUACCGCGCCGAGUGGGAGCUCUGCAGCAGCGCCGGCCACUUCCUCCGCCACUAUUACGUCCACGGCGAGCGGCCGGCCUGUGGGCAGUGGCGGCGCGACCUGGACAGCUGCCGCGAGUGGGAGGAGCGCCGCAGCGCCGAGGCCCAGCGGUCCCUACGUGAGAGCGAGCAGGCGAGAGUCCGGGCUGCACGGAAGCACGGCCUGGUGUGGGCCCCCAGGCAGAGCCCCCCUGCAGACUGGCACCUCCCUCUGCCCCAGGACAACGACCGGUGACAGGCCCAAAUAGUCCAGAAGGUCCCUGGGAGCUUCCACCCCAGGGACGUGGGACACAGAGUCCCCAUCUCCAGCCUCGCCUGCCCCACCACACUCAGAGCCAGUUCACUCAGCGUGCAGCUCCAGGAAGCCAGGCAUCCCUGCGUGUCCCUGUGGGCGGCCAACGGGCAGGCCAAGGGACAGCAGCAAGGAGAGGCCGUCCCAAGGGCUGGGCUCCUCAGCUGAACACUCGAGGGGCAGCCCGGAUCCGUGUGGAUGCGCAGGUGGCCCUGUAUGGCCCUGGUCUGGUGAUGGCCACGCAGUACUGGCCGCAGGUGCCCUCCCACCGCGGGCACUUCCUCUGCUCCUCUGUAGGCGCGGGCGGCGUCACCUCCUCGGCCCACGGUUCCAGGACACACAACCUUGUGUAAAGAGGGAUCCUAGACUCUUGGCUGAAGACACCCAAGCCCAACACAUGGAAUUUUGGUCGUCUUCCCUCAGAAUUUCCCCUGGUCGUUUUUUGAAAAUGUGGAAUAUAUCAAAAGACAUUUCACAGGUUUGAUUCCAAACAGAAGCUGAAAAUUAAAUCCACAGUUUAAUUUUGAAAGAGUUAGAUUUAUAACCUGACGUUGUGCUGGCCAGUAUUAGAGUUUUGUAUGCUUACACUCUUGUAGAUGUUUUUAAAAUAUAUGUAUUUGAACCAACGGGAA